UGAAGAUUUACGAAGUUAAUUAACUUUUUGGUUAAUUAACUUUUGGUAUUAUGUUCUUUUGUCUGAUAAAUCAAUUCCUGCAUCGGCUCCAUCGCAAAUGAAUUAGCAAUUGGCUUUCCGAAGUAAAAGCACUCUGCUAUCCAGCUCUCUUUCUCUCUCUCUCAUCAUCGCCGCUGAGCGGAGAUUUCGGAGCCAUCGGACGGCAGAUAAUGGAGAACACCGACGUGUUCUUAGGACUGCAGGACUUUCUGGAACGCAUGCGUCAACCGUCGGCCGCCGAUUUCGUCAAGUCUAUAAAAAGCUUCAUAGUGUCGUUUUCGAACAAUGCUCCUGAUCCGGAGAGGGACAGCGCCGCAGUGCAGGACUUCUUUGCCCGGAUGGAAAUCGAUUUCAGGGCUCAUCCACUUUGGGCUGGCUGUUCAGAGGAGGAGCUCGACAGCGCCGGCGAAGGACUGGAGAAGUAUGUUAUGACGAAGUUAUUUCCUCGCGUAUUUGCUUCACUUCCGGACGAUGUGAAACUCGAUGAGCAACUGUAUGAGAAGAUGGCUUUAGUACAACAGUUUAUUCGGCCGGAAAAUUUGGACAUUAAGCCCACCUUUCAAAAUGAGACUUCAUGGCUGAUAUGCAUAAAUGAAGUACAUUCAUAUAAAACAUGGGCAUGGAUCUCAAUCAAGAUCUUGCAAAAAGAACUGCAAAAGAUCAAUAUGUACAAGGCACCGAGGGAUAAGCUUGUGUGCAUCCUUAAUUGUUGCAAGGUUAUUAAUAACUUGCUCAUGAAAGCUUCUGUUGCUUCCAAUGAGAAUCCCCCUGGAGCUGAUGAAUUUCUUCCUGUCCUAAUUUAUGUUACGUUAAAGGCAAACCCUCCACAACUGCACUUAAAUUUAUUGUAUAUACAAAGGUACAGGCGACAAUCUCGAUUAGUUGGUGAAGCAUCCUAUUUUUUCACAAACAUGCUCUCCGUUGAAUCCUUCAUCUCAAAUAUUGACGCAAAUGCCAUUUCAAUGGAUGAAUCUGAGUAUGACAAGAACAUGGAAACUGCUCGAGCACUUCUUUCUGGACUUUCAGCUGAUCUGGACGGUCAGUAUACUCAAAAAGGUCAAUUUGCAGGAUAUGGAAAUAGAUCAGAGUCUAUGGAAACCAGACAUCAACAUCCGAAUGCCAACAAGGACCUAGCGGCACAAUCCAGAUCUUCUGAAACAAACUCCCGAGGGAAGAAGAUACCCAAUGAAAAAGAUAACUCACCCUUUUCAAAGAUUCCAUCCCUUUCGGAUUUGGAGAAUAAGGGUGCAACGAUCCUCGUGACCAAUGAUCAGGCGAACCAGGUUUUCCAGGAGUAUCCAUACUUGUUUGCGAAUGUCGGUGACCUAACCAUCAGUGAUGUAGAAGACCUUCUUAAUAAUUACAAGCAACUUGCAUUCAAAUAUGUUUGUCUUUCUAACGGGUUAGGCGUUACUGCUCCAUCUUCUUACAAUUCGCAUACAGAGUUCCACCAGCAUACUGAAACGGCAAAGCAACAGGAACUCUCUAGAGCUAUAGAGCCGAAUGAUGAGACAUCAAAUGACACUGAUACGACGGAUGAUGCUUUAAAGAAAGAGCCCCUUAUUGAUGAUGAAAAUUUGGAAUCCAGAUUGUCACAGGAUCAAGAAGUUUCACCACAGAGUGGUACACAUGAGGAGUACUCUCAAUAGCUGCUCUACCAGGACAUGUAUUUUGCAGGAGUAUGUUUUCCAGUGCAGUCGCCAUCAUCAGGGCUCCAUUUCUCCUCUUUGCCGGCGCAGAUGGAAUAUCGUCAUGGUUGGAAAUGAGCGCUGUCAUUUGUCCAUUCUCGCCUCGUACUGGUCAAGAAUAUAGGUAGAAGUGAGGAAGUUAGACUUUGAGUUUGGGAAUGCAUCAAAUUGCAUUUGUAUGAAGAUGGAAAAUAUAUACAACUCUCAGGAAACCGGGGUGCAACAGUGUAUGCUUGCAGGCACUCGUAAUCUUACUCAUGUAGCAGUACAAUGAUCCUGAGCCACGCAGCCAUGCUGGAUACAAUCAAAUGAGAUUUUCCGUAGUUGCACCUUGCUAUCCGUCAUUAACGAGCAGAAAUGUAUGUUCUAACUUCGAAAUUCCUUUCCUCUGUUCUUUUCUCUGUACUGUCAAAAUCUUGUGUACAAAAGUGUCUCAAUGUCACUGCGAUUGUAAGCGGUUCUGUUUAUUUUUGCAAUUUACUAUUAUCCACGGUUAAAUAGGCUGCUGUAGGAGUUUAGUGUAUGAUGGAGUAGUAUCUGACUCUGGCUUGAUAUUGUAGUUUGUCCACAACGAAAAAAAUAAUUAAUUUUGAGUUAAGCUUUCUAAUUUUCAA